UCCAAAACCCAAUCAGACGAGGGGCCGUAAUCUGACUCCUAGCACACUGGGAGCAGAGGGGCAGGCAAUGAGCGCUGCACUCUGGCCAGGGAAGGCAUGAGUGAUAGACCCGCAGCGAGGCGGUGGGGUGAGAGUGAACACAUAAGGGAACACUGAUGACGGUAACGGGGGCCUGGAGCGACGCUGAGCUGAGCCCUCCCAAGGCCAAAGCAAGUGUGGACCCUUGUGUACCAGAGAGAACAUCAUGGUGGCUUUCAAAGGCGUCUGGACUCAAGCAUUCUGGAAGGCAGUCACCGCAGAAUUUCUGGCUAUGCUUAUCUUUGUCCUGCUCAGCCUGGGGUCCACCAUCAACUGGGGUGGAAUGGAAAAGCCCCUACCUGUCGACAUGGUUCUCAUCUCUCUCUGCUUUGGACUCAGCAUUGCCACCAUGGUGCAGUGCUUUGGCCACAUCAGUGGAGGCCACAUCAACCCUGCUGUGACAGUGGCCAUGGUGUGCACCCGGAAGAUCAGCAUGGCCAAGUCUGUCUUCUACAUUGUGGCCCAGUGCCUGGGGGCCAUCAUAGGAGCCGGGAUUCUCUACUUGGUCACACCUCCCAGUGUGGUGGGGGGCCUGGGAGUCACCACGGUUCAUGGAAAUCUUACUGCUGGUCAUGGUCUCCUGGUGGAGCUGAUAAUCACAUUUCAGUUGGUGUUUACUAUUUUUGCCAGCUGUGAUUCCAAGCGGACUGAUGUCACUGGUUCAAUAGCUUUAGCAAUUGGAUUUUCGGUUGCAAUUGGACAUUUAUUUGCAAUCAAUUACACUGGCGCCAGCAUGAAUCCUGCCAGAUCCUUUGGACCUGCUGUUAUCAUGGGAAACUGGGAAAACCACUGGAUAUACUGGGUUGGACCAAUAAUAGGAGCUGUCCUCGCUGGUGGGCUUUAUGAGUAUGUCUUCUGCCCAGAUGCUGAACUCAAACGUCGGCUUAAGGAAGCCUUCAGCAAAGCUGCCCAACAAACAAAAGGGAGUUACAUGGAGGUGGAGGACAACAGGAGUCAGGUGGAAACCGAGGACUUGAUUCUGAAACCUGGCGUGGUACACGUGAUUGACAUCGACCGAGGCGAGGAGAAGAAGGGGAAAGACCCAUCCGGAGAGGUAUUGUCUUCCGUAUGACUAGAAGAUAGCACUGAAAGCAGACAAGAUUCCUUAGAACUGUCCUCAGAUUUCCUCUCACCGAUUAAGGAAACAGAUUUGCUAUAAGUUAGACACAUGCAGAUUUUUCAUUUCUCAUCAUAUUACCCAGUCUAAACAAUAAAUAUUUCAUUAUAUACCAACGAGGAAAGGAAGAAACCUAUUAUAAAUUUCAAGUCUAAAAAAGAAAUCUUGUUAAAGUAUCCUCAAAGCAAAUAUAUAUGUAGUUAUAUCUAGUUGCCUUUUGUUAAUAACCAAUUUAAAAUGUGUGUCAAGAUUUGAUGUAGUCUUGUCCUACAGAACAUAGAGACGUACCUAUCAGUUUAUGCCUCCGCUGAGAAAAUUGGUAUCAUCGAUAAUAUUGUCAUUUGAAUAUUUGUUCCAUUAAGUCAAGUUUAGCCACAGCCAAAAUGCAGUAUGUCACAGGGUCAUGCACAUUCAAAAGAAGAAAUAUAAUAAGUUCUUUCAUAACCAAUCCCAUAUUUAUAAAGUACCUCUGCAAAAGAAUAUGAGCAAUGGUCAUCGUUCAUCAAUUGUUUCCAUUUUUAUUGCAAAUACCCAACUUUCAACCCAGUUCCAAUUCAUUAUGAUCCUUCUUCCUCCUCAAUACACAAGAUAAUAUGGGCUAAAGCCCAGACAAUUGGAAAUAAUAUUUAGAAAUCCUCUCCAUUUAUUAGUCCCACCUCUUAAAACAUCUAAAUCAUUAGAGUCACCUAUUGAGAUUCAGGACAAGCAGAUGGGAAAUCUUAUAGUGAGUUGGAAAAAAAGUUACCAUCAUAUAAAAACCACAAGAAAAAAAAAGGAAAUUGGUAUUCUAGCUCAAAUGGCUGAUCUGUUUUCAGUGCAUAUCCUCAAAUUCAUCACACAGGGUUAACAAUCUAAGCUUUUAACCACUUAACCACUAUGCUUAUUUGUUUAAUUUAUUGGCAAAACUGGGGAGUUUGUGUGCUUGUAACUUUAGUUAGCUGUAUUGAGACAUUAGCUGAGACUUACUUUUUACAACAUGAACUUAGCAACUUGGUUCGUGUCUUAUUGUUGAUCAUUAAGCUCUGCUCACUCUGGAAGGUACAAACUGGUUCUGCCCAGUCCCAACCUCUGCUGCUCUCUCGCUUCUUGUGGCAUUUGUUGAUCUUCACCAUAAAUGUAAUGAUAUUUGAACGACUUAAAAUGUGUGGUAGGCAAAGCAGGACAUGGUUGAGGAAUAAAAGGGAGAGGACAUCCACUUUUUUCAAACCUUUCACUUGUAGAGAUAUUGUAUACAACCCAACCUGAUUGUAAAGUAUUUUGUUACUGACUAGUGUAUUUGUUAAGGUAAUUUGUUUUCUCUGCACUGGUUUGCCUUUUGUCAGUAGAAUGUUCUCUGAAACCCCAGUUUCUAUCACCCUAACUGUGGAGUCUAGCCUUUAUCUUAGACAAAGAGCUGCAAAUGCCAAUUUUGCUGGACAAAAGCUAGUCAGAAAAAGUGACGCCCCAUCACGGCAAGGAGUAGCAUGUAAAUAGCUGCUAAUCAAAGGCUUUCUUCUCCCCAUCACAGUUCCAACUGUGUGUCACUUUUUAGUGGUAAUGGCAGUUGUGUGUCUGUAGCAGCACGAUAAUGGACCACUAUUAAACCUGAUUCUCUUCGGUGCUAAGAAAAGAGCACUGUGUGAGGUUCUUGGAGUCACCACACCAGUGUCACACCUCCAGGUCUCACUGGUGUAUUCACAUUUCUUAUGGCAGGUGCCUAAAGCCAGGCCCCUACCUCAGAGCCCUGACCACAGCACCACUUCGAAAGUGAUGUGGGUCACUUCCUGAUUUGUGGCACCUGUAGAAACUAGGGGACGAAUCUGCAAGGGUGGUUUGUUCCCUUUAUUUCAAAUAUUUGCACAAUAUACCACUAAAAGCUUAAGAUCCAGGGAUGGUUCAGUUGGAAAAGUAACAUCAACCAUCAGCCAACAUGUCAGUUCAAAUCUAAAUUUAGUUAAAAAGCAAGAAUUCAACACAUUUCUGAAUAUGCUUAUAAAGUACAGGCUUACAAACAUUUUUAUUCUGUUAUGUCAUUUACUUCAUAUGCACUCACUUUUACACUCAUUUCCAAUUAUAGCACUCAAUAAAUUAGAGGAGUUAUUUUUAAAGUGAAUGAUAUUCCUAUGGUUUGUUUUUCAGCACCUAGCAGAGUGCUGGGCACAUAGUAGGCAUUCCAAGCAAGUUUGUUAGUAAAAACAUAGAACUCUCAUUUGGGAUUUUAAAAAUACAAAUAAUUUUCUAAUUCUUAGUUUGUUCAACAUUUAAUAAAAAGCAUAUUUUGAGUAUUAUUAAAGGGAGGCAUUACAAAUGUGAAAACUACAAAAUGUAUUUUUGCAUUGGACUGUGUUUAGGGGCAUGAAGUGAAUAGAAGCUUCAGCACUCUUUUUCCUCCAUAUGAGACAACAUAUUUUGUAUUUCACUCAAGGCUUUGCCAGUGAAAAGUAAUGAAAUUGUACCUUUCUAAUGACAUCUAUGCAGCAGGGGUCUACUGCCUUGUGGAUGGCAGCAAAUUAUCCAAGUGUAUUAGGAGACCAGGGCUUUUUUCUUUAAUCCCUUCUUAUUAAUGAAGUGCAUAGUGCUGCUCCCAGGAGAUGGCAGCUGACAGAUACACAAAGAAGAGAUCAGAGAGGAAAAACCAGGAAGGCAUAAAUGAAUUAUACCCAGCCAUGGAACAAUGCCAACUGGCUCUUCCUGUAGGAAGAGUACACAAACACCCCAAAAUUACAUGGUGGCCCCUACUCUGAAAAUGCACAUAGUUAGUCAAAAUGGUACAGGAGGGAAAGAGCCAUUUUUUUGAGUUUCUGGAGUUUCAUUCCAACAAAAAAUUCUUAGGACCCAGAUUCUGAAUGUAUGUUUCCAUCGUUGAAAAUAACAUAUUCUUUCAGGAGUCCUCACUUUUUUACACUGGAAAAAAGUAUUUUCUGGAACCGAAACAGUUGGCCAAUCUCGGGUGCUUCCACUUUGUUUCUGCCAUUUGACCCUGUUCUAAGUUCCUAUGUUUUCUAUCAUCUUCCUAUCACAGCUCAUAGGCCCUAGCUCAAGCUGCUGCUCGGUGUUGGCUGCUGCACAAGGAGAUCAGAAAUGUUUGGAAAGCAGAUAUGACAGAAGAGAGGUCUGUGAUAGAUUAAAGGCCAGACUCCAAACAGAGUAUUCGCCUAGGCCAUAAUCCAGGCCACUCUUGUUUAAACUCGAUAGUGACAGGGAAAUUCCAAAAUAGAGGAGCAAAUUCAAAUGCUAAAUUUAAUCCUGAAAAGGCUGUUUGUUGCAGCACAUUGACUCUAUCCCGCACUUACUAGCAGGUGACAGAGAAAUUGCUUUUGUGACAACUGAAGAUGACAAUCUGAUGAAUAGACAACCUUAUCAAAAAAAUGUAUAAAAGCCAAUAUAAAUCCUGACUAUCAGCAUCAUACAAUGAAUUCAGAACACUUUAUACCUGGAAGUACGUGUCUUCCCUAGAGUGGUUAUAGCAUGAGAAUCACUAAGAAAACAGGGUUACUACCUGGACACUAUAAUGGAACAAAAAUCACUGCCUUUGCCUCAAAUUUUGUGAGUUCACACUUGUGUUUUAAUGCUUUACAAAUCACCCCAAAACAACACUAACUUUUGAAACCUAUGAUUCUAUGAAAUAAAUGAAAGACACUUAAUUCAAGGAUCAAAAACUGUGGCCACUCACUUUUGCAAAUGACUAUCAAUGGCCCAUGAAAUACAUAUCCAAUAAA